AUCAACCAAUCAACAUCCAAUUGGAAUACACAGCGCGCAAUUCAGUCUUCCGCCAUAAUAAAUUAUUGAAAAACUGCACCUUUCUUUACAAUUUUAAUAUUAUAUUUGUAAAUGUAUGUGUUUUUAGUGCAAAUUACAGUUUAGAAAUGUAUCACCGUGGAUUUUUGCGGCGCAAAAAUGAACGACAACCCCGAGGAUAGUCUUUCAAUAAAGAGUUUCUACAGUAGUGAUGAAGAUACUGAUGAUGCUGUAGAGUCAUAUGUUCUAGCCUGUCAGCAAAUAAAUCCUCAUAAGAAAAUAUUAAACAGGGGACGUUGGCUUAAAGAAGAGGACGAGAAAUUAAAACAAGUUGUUGAGCAAGUAGGUAAUCAAGAUUGGAAGCUUGUUUCUAGGUAUUUUCCUGAUAGAUCUGACUUGCAGUGUCAACAUCGCUGGUAUAAAGUACUCAACCCAGACCUGAUUAAAGGACCUUGGACACCAGAGGAAGACCAAAAGGUUUUGGAAUUGGUGAAACAAUUUGGUGCAAAGAAGUGGACAAUCAUCUCCAAAUAUUUAAACGGAAGGACUGGAAAGCAGUGCAGAGAAAGGUGGCACAAUCAUUUAAACCCGGAUAUAAAGAAGUGUGCUUGGAGUGAAGAAGAGGAUAAACUGAUAUACAAAUUACAUCAAACAUUAGGCAAUAGAUGGGCAGAAAUUGCAAAGUUCCUGCCUGGAAGGACUGAUAAUGCUAUAAAGAAUCACUGGAAUUCUACAAUGAAGAAGAGAUAUGAAUGUGAGCUGGACUCUGACAUUAAAGAAUGUGAAUCAUUCUUACCAUUUACACCUGGACCAGUUGAGUUAGGGCACAAUAUAAAACCGGUACAGAUAAUGUAUGGGGGACAAGAGUUGAAACCUGUCCAGCUUUUCAGCAGUUCAAAGAAAGAAAUAGUUGAGAGGCCUAGUUUAAAACCCAUGCAACUUUUUCAAAAUGUUUCAAGGGAUGUAGACAAUGUGACAGUCAAACAGAAAUGUGAGGUAAAAUGUAAUGGAGGUUUUAGUGGACUUAACACAUUGGACCUUGUCAGUGGAAUAGAUUCUGAUACAGGUGUCACCCCUAUCAAGUUUACAGCAUUGGAGGAAAAAAAAUACAGGUUUGAUGGACAUGAUAUCAACAAAUUAAAAAGUCAUGUAUCGUUGAUUCCUAUAACAUCUCCUGUCACAUCCAAGUUCACUGCCCCAGCUAUACUACGUAGGAAAAGGAAACAUGCAAGUCACAAAAGAAUUUUACCAAAGAGCAAUAUUAAGGAAUCGUUUCACACCCCAGAGAGAAUGGAAAUGAAAGAGCAGUUUUCUAGGGUGCGGCCCUCUGAGGAUAAAGAGAAAGAAAAUGUAGAUCCAGGCAGAAAUUUGUUUCUACAAUAUCAAAAUAAUUCUACAGUGACAGUGAACAAUGACAAUAGUUACGAGGUUACCAAAAAAAAUCAAAUAGGUGAUGUUAUGCAAGUUGAGAAUUGUGACAAAACUGUGCCGAAUGUUUUAGAAAAUGAAAGUACUGGAAAUAUUUCAAGUGGCUGUGAACAUGACUUUCCUAAACGAGGAUCUUUAACACCAAAAGGAACACCAAUAAAAAACCUUCCAUUCUCACCAUCACAGUUUUUAAAUUCACCUGAAAUACCAUUUGGGAAGGUGACAUCAACACCAGUGUGCAGUAAACUUGCUUCAUCAACAUCUGGACAUGGGUCAAUACUAAACACACCUGAUGUCAAAGUUACUGACAGUUCUAGUGAUAAUCAUACACCAGUUGUUCCAAAGAUAUUUUACCAAGCCACACCCAGAACUCCAACUCCGUUCAAGAAUGCCUUAGAGAUGAUUAGACAGUCGCACAUGAAUAAACUUAUAAGUCCAUGUCAGCUAGAUGAUGUGGAGGCAAUGAUCCGUGAAGAUACUGGCUAUGAGGCAGACAUGUCAACUUCAGAGUUUGUUGAUCAUAUCAAUGCUUCAAAGAAACAAAGCAGAAUGCCUUUGAGAAGGGCAAAGCAGUCAUUGAAUCAGAAAUGGCCAGCCAAUACAACACCAUUUUACCCCAGCACAGACUCACUACUUCUAUCUCCUGAAACACCUAGCAAAUCUUUGAUUGGAGAUACAAGCAUUCUGUUUUCUCCUCCAUCUAUUAUUAAAGACACUUUACCAGACCAGGAGUCAGAGGAUGGUUUUAACAUGCCAAACAGAAAAAAUACGUCUAAGCUGUUCAAGAAAUCCAGUAAAAAGAUUCACUUCAGUAAGACACCAACAAAGCCCAGAAUUAAGCUUGAUACACAGUUUGAAGUGGUGGCUUGUGGACGAACAGAUGACCAGCAGCUGAUGACAGAAUUAGCCAGACAUAUCACAAAAAUGCAUAAACCUCUCGUACCAAGAUCUUUAAAACUUUAAAAUAGUGAAGUGUUGUAUUUGCUGAAACAUUUAAUAGUAAAUUCUGAUAAAAGUUAAGUACAGUGGAGGUUUGCUAGUUUGCUUCCGGCAAGCUUUCAGUUUUCUUGUUAGAUUAUUACAAACUUUGGAUAUAACUGAUAAGCUUGUAUUAACAUAUUUUCUGUACAACGCAUAUAUUUAAAGAUGUGUUGAGAUAUUUUUAACAUUUGGGUUUUGUGCUAAGAGAAUGGAGACUGUACUUGAGACUGAAUAUUGAUAACUUUUUAUCUGAAUUAUAGAUUUAGCCAAGAUUUGAUUGUGUGAUAUACAGAAUGUAAAAAAAUGAUUCUACACAGUUACAUUAAUGAGGUUGUUAUCAAAAGUGGUUAAUUUAACAGAUGAACACCACAUGCAGUGCUUUUGUUUUCAUUCUUGUGUUGAAGAUACAUGGUGACUCUAUAAAGGUCACGGUCACUUUGUGUUUAAUGUAAAAAAUUUGUCUGCUCAUUAACAGUAAUACUAUUUGAAAUACAUACUUGGUAUAAUUCUGACAUCUCAUGUUUAUAUUUAUGCUGUGCAUAAAACUAUAUAACAAAUAUUGGGGAUUUUACAUCACAGUAUAUUUUGUAUUAAAUGUAUAUUAAAUUGUAUAUUUGUCCAAGAUUUCAUGGAUUAGCUGAUAUGUUUUACAGAACUAGGCCAGCCUAUACAUACAGGUAGUCUGUCCUGACACUAUACUGUUGGUAACUUUAUAUUUUGAUAUUGAAAUCCCUUAAACUUUAAAUGGUCAUGUCCAUUCCACAAAUACAGUAGGUUAAGGUUUAGGAAAUAAUACUGUUUACAAAAGAAAGCUCUGUUAGUUGGUGCAUCUAUGUAUUGUGUAUAUACAUGUAGCAGAGGAAUAAUAUAUUACAUAAAUUAUACUGUAAGGAUAUUGAUAUGUAUACAUAUUUGAUAUCCUUCUAUUUAGAUAUGUUUUCUUAAACUAUGAAAAGGCACUAACUGAUUAUAUAUAUUAAAAGGCACAUUAUGCCUAAAUAAUUAAUACAUUUUUAAAUUGCCAAACAUUAGUUUACUAAUGUUUAAAUUGUCAGAUUCUAAUCACCUGAAAAAAGUAGUGCUGAAUGUAACAUUAUUAUGUCACUAAAGUAGCACAUUGUAAACAAAGUAGUAUUUUGACUUCCAUACAAAAUACUAAUUUCAAAAUUAAACUAUACUGAUCGGGGACCAUCAACCGGACACAUUUUGAACAUUUUCCCAUACAGAUUUCAUAAUUUCAAACCUAGAGACCUAAAAUUUAGACACAGUACAGUUUGGUUACUAACAAACUUGUUUGUUUAUUUCUGAUUAUAUUGACACUUAUAUCUGAGGCUUGUCAAGGCGGGUAUCAAAAUUACCUAAAUUGUCUACACUACAGUACCAUGUGUCGGGACAGAUAUGUACAUGACAUGAUUUAAUUCAGAUAAAAGCUUGGGUGUUUUAAUUUUUGAUUUUUAACAUAAUAUACAAUAUUUCAGAAACAAAUGCUGAAGUUUUGGAUAUUGUAUUUUUUACUCUGCAAAUGAUUAUAGCUGGUAUGUGAGGUCAGGCAUUGCUUUCUUGACGCCCAAAUUUUGACGUCAACAUUCUUGAAAUAGACAUUAAAAUAUUACCAUUAACGAAGGUUGAAAUAAAUUCAUUUACUUAAUUAUAGAAGAAACAUACAUUUAUUGUUGAUAAAAAAGUUAGACAACCACUGAACAAAGAAAAUACUAAAUUAAGCAUUUUCGCGGCCGUCCGGGUUUGAUGGUUGUCCGGUUUUGGUGGUCCUCAACCAGUGCCUGUACUAAUUGCCAAUAGCAACAGAAACAGAAGGUGGUUUACGUGUUUCUCCAAUGAAUAAUUUUUUUUUGAAACCCGGACACCAAUAAUAAGAUGCUUUUGGAAGAUGAAAAUAAAAGCCUUUUUGGGGCAUAAUGGGUCUUUAUAAUAGGAAUGCUGAAAAACUAGUUUUGACAGUACUUUUUGAAGUCAGUGUUAAAAUUGACAAUAAUGAUAAAUUUGCAUGCCAAUAGAUUUGUUUGUUACUGUUUUGUUGAUGCUUUAUAUUUUGAAGUUUUAUUUUCUAUUUGAUUUUGUGCUAUUCAUACAAAAAUUUUAUUUUAUUUUGUUGAAAGGUAUUAUCUUUAUGUUUCUUAUGUUAUGUAUAUCUGAUGAAAAUACAUGAGGUAAUAAGUGUAAAUUGAAUAUUUUUCUGAUAGAUUUUUAAUGAUGUAUAAGAUUUAACACGUAUCCUGCAGGAACCAUAUGUGAUUAGCCUUUGCCACCAAUUUAGAGCCUGGCUAGGUGUAUAAUGUGACCAGGCACUAUACUGCUAAAAGCUCAGAUAUAGUAUUUUGAUAUUGAAAUCCCUUAAACUUUGAAUGGACUGUUCCAGCAGGUUAAAGGUUAAUUAGUUAUGUAAAGUUUAGAUAAGGACACUGUUACCUGUAUACUUAGAUAUAACACCUUUAAAUAUAACACUAAUAACAUGUAUGCUGACAUGACCUUGACCUGUAACAUAUUUUGGAUUUUAAGAAGAAUUUUGCAAAAAAUUACAUUCUUAAAUACUAAGAUUCUUUGACAAAACAUUUAUAUGCACAUCAUGAAACACUGGGGUUAUGUUAUUUCAUGACAAGUAAGUGUAUAUAUAAUUAUAGGGAUAUUAUGGCCUAUUUAUAACAAAAUCAAUAGCAUAUUUAAGAUACACUUGCUCCUCACUGCUGUGGGUUCGAAUCCCGAUAGGACUUGGAUUUUUUUCAUGUAAGGAAGCUUUCCAGGUAGCUUACGGACCGUCGGUGGUUCUAUUUGGGUGCUAGCUUGUGCCUGAAAUAAUACACGAAAGGGCACCUGAGGUCUUGCUCUACCACUAAAGCUGGAACGUGACCUGUACUGUGUCGGUGUGACGUAAAACGGAAUCAAAAAAUCAACAUUCUCUUUUAUUACUGUAAAUAAAGUUUAAUAUGUGUAAUAUAGAAUCAUUUUAUGUAUAUGAAAUACUAGUAUAGGGAAUGUCGCAGUCAGCAGUGUCCUUGUGACUUUAAACCUAACUAUAUGAAAGGGGGGGGUAUGUACAUCUGUUCACAAUUUACCUUGAUUGAUAAGAUGUCUCACUUUAAAGUUCAUGAGGCAUACAAGUCAUUCUGACAUUUCUUGUUUUUAUUUUAAUAAUAUAUAAAUUAUAUAUAUGUUGUAAAUAUAUUUAUAUUUUGUUAUUUAUUUUAGAUGUCAUUUUACUUUAGGAAUAAUUGGUUGUUUUUAGCUCACCUGAGCAAUGCUCAGGGUGAGCUAUUGUGAUCGCCCUGUGUCCGUCGUCGUGUGUCGUGCGUCGUCAACUUUUAACAUAAACAACUCUCCUCUGAAACCAAUGACUGCACAUCAACCAAACUUUACAGAAAUGAUCCUUGGGUGGUCCCCUUUCAAAGUUGUUCAAAUGGUUCCGGUCUGUUGCAUAUGUAGGUCACAGGGCCAGAAAAGGAUUUCAAAAAACACAAAAUUAAAAAAUCUUCUUAUCUGAAAGUACAUGGGCCAGAGCUUUGAUUUUUGGUAUAUGGUAUCAUCUAUGGGUCCUCUACCAAAGUUGUUCAAAUUUUGUCCCUAGUGUCAAAAUUGGCCCCGCCCCGGGGGGUCAUAGGUUUUUCUAAUUUGUAUAUAGUAAAAUCUAAAAAAAUCUUCUUCUCUGAUUUGGCAAAGGCUACAGAUAAGAUAUUUGGCAUGAAACAUUGUGUAGUAGACCUCUAUCAAGAUUGUUCAAAUAAUGGCCCUAGGGUCAAAAUUGGCCCCGCCCAGGGGGGUCAUUGAUUUUCAUUACAUACAUAUAGUGAAAACUUGAAAAAUCUUCUGGUCUGAAACUAAAUGGCCUAGAGCUUUGAUUUUUGGUAUAUGGUAUCAUCUAUGGGUCCUCUACCAAAGUUGUUCAAAUUUUGUCCCUAGUGUCAAAAUUGGCCCCGCCCCGGGGGGUCAUAGGUUUUUCUAAUUUGUAUAUAGUAAAAUCUAAAAAAAUCUUCUUCUCUGAUUUGGCAAAGGCUACAGAUAAGAUAUUUGGCAUGAAACAUUGUGUAGUAGACCUCUAUCAAGAUUGUUCAAAUAAUGGCCCUAGGGUCAAAAUUGGCCCCGCCCAGGGGGGUCAUUGAUUUUCAUUACAUACAUAUAGUGAAAACUUGAAAAAUCUUCUGGUCUGAAAGUAAAUGGUCUAGAGCUUUGAUAUAAGUUCUAUGGUAUCAUCUGGAAGUCCAAUACCAAAGUUGUGCAAAUUUUGUCCCUAGUGUCAAAAUUGGCCCCGCCCCGGGGGGUCAUAGGUUUUUCUAAUAUGUAUAUAGUAAAACAUAAAAAAAUCUUCUUCUCUGAAUUGGCAAAGGCUACAGGUAAGAUAUUUAGAGCUUUGAUAUUUGGUCUAUGGUAUCAUCUAUAGGUCCAAAACCAAAGUUGUUCAAAUUUUGUUCCUAGAAUUAAAAUCAGCCCCGCCCUGGGGGUCAUUGAUUUUCUCUAUAUGUAUAUAGUAAAAACUUUAAAAAUCCUCUUUUAAAGAACCCAAAGAGCUAAAGCUAAGAUAUUUAGCAUGAAACAUCUUCUAAUGGGUGUCUACCAAGUUUGUUCAAAUAAAAGCCCUGGGGUCAAAAUUGGCCCCGCCCCAGGGGGUCAUUGAUUUUCCCUAUAUGCAUAUAGUAAAAACUUAUAUAUAUAACAUAAACAACAUCUCCUCUGAAACCAAUGACUGCACAUCAACCAAACUUUACAGAAAUGAUCCUUGGGUGGUCCCCUUUCAAAGUUGUUCAAAUGGUUCCGGUCUGUUGCAUAUGUAGGUCACAGGGCCAGAAAAGGAUUUCAAAAAACACAAAAUUAAAAAAUCUUCUUAUCUGAAAGUACAUGGGCCAGAGCUUUGAUU